GAAGGGACUAAACGGCUCCACGUGAACUGAACUGGGACUUUGAUUCUACUUAAUCAGCUAAAUUAAAAGACAACAAUCAUGGAGACAAACACAACUUUCCCCCAGUUCUCCGGCAAUAACAGCUUCACCAAUAUCACUUGUUCCCGUAACAACGUGUUGAAGACUGUGGUCUUUCCUGUUCUCUACUCCUUCCUCUUCUUGCUGGGACUGACACUCAACGGCGUGGCGGUGUGGGUGUUUUUUCGCAUCCCCUCCCGGUCUCACUUCAUCAUAUACCUGAAGAAUAUUGUGGUUGCGGAUGUCAUCAUGACCUUCACGUUCCCUUUCAAGGUGUUAUCAGACUCCAACAUGGCGUCCAUUGGCCUGCGUGUGUUUGUGUGCCGAGUUUCCUCAGUGCUCUUCUACCUCACCAUGUACAUCAGUAUCCUGUUCUUCGGCCUCAUCAGCAUCGAUCGCUGCAGAAAGACCCUCAAGCCCUUCAGGGGCACUAACGCGUCCCGGUUAGCUCGUCGGAAGCUGCUCUCGGGCUUCAUCUGGACCUGUCUGCUUGUCCUCUGUCUGCCCAAUGUGAUCCUGACGUGCAAAACCCCAACUGCUCAACACUUCAAGUGCAGCGACCUGAAGACGGAGGCCGGGCUGAUUUGGCAUGGUGUGGUAAAUCAUGUCUGUCAAGUUAUUUUCUGGGGCAACCUGGUGACGGUGAUAGUCUGCUACACCCUGAUAACCAAGGAGCUGUACAAGUCCUACUCCCGCAGUAAGUCCCCCAGCGCUGGAGGGGCUGCAUUUCAGGCACAGAGCCGGACAGCAACCCGCUCGUCCCAGCCGCCCAUAAGGAAAAUUAACGCAAACGUGUUUCUGGUCCUGGCAGUGUUCUUCCUGUGCUUUGUGCCGUUUCACUUUGCCCGUGUGCCUUACACCAUGAGCCAGACGCGAGGGGUUCUCUUCGACUGUAGGCUCAAGCUCUUCUUCUUUCAGCUGAAAGAGAGUACGCUGUUCCUCUCAUCCCUGAACUCUCUGCUUGACCCGCUCAUCUACUUCUUCCUCUGCCAGUCCUUCAGAACCACACUGUUCAAGACCCUGCGUCUUCCUCCUGGUUCCUGCAGCUGGCUGACAGGGAGGGGCUCGGACGGGGACACGGGCAGCACCCCCCUGAGAGACUCCUCUGUUGGAACAUAAAGUCCCUGUGCAGCACAAAGACACUUGUAUGGUGGUAGUGAGGUGUUGCUAUUUCAUAACGAUGAGAAAUUACCUUUGUGACUACAUUUGACAGUUUGUCCCUAACAACUGAAAACAAAUCAUUAA